AUGUUCCUUCUUUACGACGUCAACUUCGGAGAAGGCUUCAAUCUGCGGAGAGACGUCUAUAUGCGAGUGGCGAACGCUGUCCGUUCGCUGCGAGAAUCCGGACACAACUACGUGCUGGUGCUGCCUCCGUGGGGACGUCUUCAGCAUUGGCAGCGGAUGCAAGUCGCCCUUCCCUGGCGCCUUUUCUUCGACGUUCACAGUCUGAAUCGGUUCAUUCCGGUCAUUGAGUUUGAGGAUUUUCUCGAAGAAACCGAGAAUAUUCCUAUCGAUCAGGUACUUUAUCUGCAGCAUUACGAGGAAGGAUGGGGCACUGAGUUCGUGCGGAAGUUCGACGAGAGACCGUGCAUUCACGCGGCUGACCAAUUCUACAGAAAAGACGGAGACGAAUGGUGAGCAGACAAGAAGAUGUUCCCUUCGAAAUAUUCGUUUGCAGGAAAGGAUGGUUCUACUCGUACGGAGACGUUCGCGCCAGAAACUUUGAGUGUGUAUCGAUUCAGGGCGACUCUGACACUCUCAAAAACCUUCUGACGCACGCGAACUUUUCGCGAAUGACGUCGGUGUUCGUCGAUCGGGCAGAGACGAUUCUGCACGAACACUACGGAGAAGUGGACUAUUGGAGAGCGCGACGGAGCAUGCGGUACAGUGAGCAACUCGUGGAAGCGGCGGAUGCAUUCAGAAGGACACAUCUAGACUCGGAUGACAAAAGGGACAAAACGGAGUUGGUGGAGGAUUGGACGAAGGAAAACUCGAGAAGGACGGCGAUCGGGGGACCGUACUUGGGGAUUCACUGGAGACGGAGGGACUUUCUCUACGCCAGAAGGGACCAGUUGCCGACGGUGAAAGGAACGGCUGCCCUGCUGCAUAAACUGUGUGAGCAGCUGAAGUUGGAGAGGAUCUACCUGGCUACAGAUGCUCCUGAAGACGAAGUGGACGAAUUGAAAUCGUAUCUGAAGGACGGGUUGGAAGUAUUUCGAUUCACAGACGCGCAAAAGUUCAAUGACGGACAAAUAGCGAUCAUUGAUCAGGUUGGCAGUCAGUAUAGAUAUACAGUAUGUAUAGUUCUUGAACUUUCAGUAUCUCUGCGCGCACGCCCGCCAUUUCAUCGGAAGUCACGAGUCGACGUUCACAUUCCGGAUCCAAGAGGACCGUGAGAUCCUCGGAUUCCCCAUCGCCUCCACCUUCAACAGACUUUGUCCGGAUCACAAUGCCGACUGUGAGCAGCCUGCCAAGUGGAAGAUUGUCUACUAAUUCUUUUCUGGUUCACACGCAUAAUCUGUUCACGGGUCUCGGAACCUUGUCCAUAAUAAACUACCGUCUAUCCCUUCCAACCGUGUCCGUACAGUGCCCUUCCGCAACACUGAUUCCGAAUUAGCGUCCUUUGUCCGAUGGCCUUUUCCCCCGUCCGUCACAUUCGGAAACGAAGAGAGCGAGAGAAAACGUUUGGAUAGAUAUGCGUAAAAUGUUUGCGCGUCGCAUAAUUCCCUUCAGGUUAUUCGAGCCCAAACCGAGCACGAGAGCAUGAGUAAUCGGGCUCAGUCGGGCGGCCGGCCUAAUGAGAGCUUCCACGUCACGCUCAGAAGAUUUGAAUUGUAGAUUUUGGCUGAAUCUGUAGGUGACGCGACGGAAAAAUUAGGUGAAGAGAAGUGAAUAUGUAAAUAGAUAUUCUUGGCUUUCGUACUACGGUAAGUUCUCUGAAAACAUUUAUUUCAUAAGAAAAUUUCGGUUCGUUGGUGACGGAAGUCCCAAGUGAAUCACCAAAUCUGUCGCCUAUUCAUACAAACAUUUCACUUCUCUCUUCAAAAAGUUACGAAAUCACUUCCUCCGGGGGCAUUCGGGGCAUUUCCCGACCGGAAAAGAUGGAAUGAACCGUUUUUUAAUCGGUUCGUUCCGCCCUUCCUUCUCUUCCCCGUUUUUCAGCACUCUCUUCCACUCCGUUUACGCACUUUUUUUAGUUGCAUAAUAUUCAAAUACGCGCCUCUCUCUCUCUCUCUCUCUCUCUCUCUCUCUCUCUCUCUUUCUCCCUUUCCUUCCUCCCAGUUUUUUCUUUAUUUGCCCCCCUCCCUUCCGUGCUUCUUCUCUUUCUUCUUUUGCCCUUUUUCAUACACGCAUAUUGAUUUCGGCUUCUUCUUCUCUUCUUCGAAGCAGAUGAGCUCACAGAGCAACAGCAACCGCACGAGCUCUUCUUCGUCGCGCAAAAAAGAGAAAAGGAUAACAUGACACUCACGCACAAAAACUUUUCAUUAGAUUGAUUAAAUUUAUGCGACGGGUUCUUCUCGCUUUGAGCUUUUCAACGGCUCCGUCCGAAAGAAGAAGAAGAAGAAGAAGAAGAAGAAGGGAUUCGGGAGGACUCGUGACGAGAUCGUGUGCUUCAAUAAUUAAUGAGAUGAGAUGGGGAUAGGGCCGGGCUCGCGGAUGAGUUGAUUCAGAUUCGCGCCCGUCCCUCGGGAAGCAAGGAGCCGUCCCUAUUUCGGGCAGAAUGACAUCCUUUUGAUCCCGUCUUCUUUUUACGAUUCUUCAACAGAGUUCGACUGAGUACGCUUCCAACUAGAAUACACCCCGAGCAGAUGUACAGCUCAAUGAGCUCUUGCUCUGUGAACAUUCCACCCCAACUAAUUCCACGUUUUGUUUCUUCGCGGUUGCCCGGGCAGCUAAUCACCACCUCGAUGCACUUUCUCUUCUUCUUCUGACUCAUGUCAUUCUGAUCUCUAAUCUCACUGAAAGAAUAGCAUUGGAGCGCAGUAGCUCGCUGCCUAAUAAUUACCCGAGAUGUUGUUGGCGGCGGAGUCGAGUGACUCUCGAGUCAAGUUCUCCGAGGGACGCUUGAAUUACUUGCCAGAAGUGGGCAAAAGCCUCUCUUUUCUCUUUUCCGUUGGCAAAACAUUGCUCAUAUCGGGUUUCCGUGCCGUCCUUUCUAACCGUUCGUUCACAAAGGUCUUCUAAUUUUCAAUGAGCUUUGCUGCUUCUUUUCCCUCUUGUUAUUGACACCGAAUAACCGCUAAUGAGAGUCUCGGGAAAUUGAAAGGGUUCUUCGCCUCGUCUCGCUAAAAGAAGCCAUCCCGGUGCUUUCUCAUUUCUCUCCAGAGCCAAUUCAUCAGAGACAACGUAUCAAAGUUCAAGAGUGUUUUGACUGCAUUUCCCCUCGCAUAAGCCCUCCUGCAUUCCGCUGAUCCCAUUAGUAAUCAAGUGGUGGCACACCGGCUGGAGCUCUCGUUUCCCUCGCUCUCUUCGUUCUCUUUUCAAUGCGAUCCCAUUCGCACCUCAAGGUUCCUCUUUUUUUUCUUUUUUUCUUUUUCAUUUUUUGUCGUGAGCCUCUCCUUUUUGCUCCCUGCCCGAAAACGGAAGAAAGAUAGAGACGGGCGACACAGACGUCGGGUCAGUGUGUGUCUUAAUGAGAAUUCUGCCGCUUCUGGCGUCUCUCUGCAAGAUUCCCGCCUCUCCUCCAUUUCUGGGAUACGCUCCCCCAUGCUCUCUCUCUCUUUUCCCUCGUGAGCACGACGUCUCCACUUCUCUUCUAGCUCUCACCACACGCACUUUGUCUCGCUCUUUCUCCGUCGUCGUCGUCGUCGCCGCCGCCGCCGCCGUUUCGAAUCGGACAGCGAACCCCUGCCCCAAAAGAAGACGUUUGGCACACAACUUGAUGACGUCGUUGAGCUGUGUCCGUUUGUGCUAAAAGAUAUCUAUCUAGCUAUCAUCAAGAGGAAAUUAGGAACACAAAAGUGCACGAGGAAAUGAGCGACAGCAGCAGGCUCUUUGUGCUCAUUUCUGUCUACUCGAUCGCCCGUUGAGUGAUAGGAUGUCAAUGAACACUUCUUCUCUCUUUUCUGAUUUUCUAAGUUUCACCUAUCAUUUACUUCUUCGGCUCGUCCCACUGCAGCAAUUCCGAUCUUUCACACUUGUCGAUUUUCCGUUCAGUUUCUGCGCUUUCUUUUAUACAAAUUGUUCGCAUGCGUCAUUUCCUUUCUUCUCAUCGCCUUUUCUGUCAACUUGUACAUAUAUCGUAAUACGAAUGUUUUGGCGCCUGAUUCAUUGUUUUCUCAAGUUGGCGACUCCGUCCGCUUCGUUUUUCCAGCUCUCUCUCUCUCUCUCUCUCAAGUUUUCCGUUUUCGUCUCCGCUUGCCGAAAAUGCCAAUUUCGUUGCUCAUUUCCGAUCAAACACCAGUUGUUGCAUUCGGCCUCUGAAUUCAUCGCAAGCCACUUCCCGAAUGACCCAAAACUGCACGGGCGAAGCUUUUUUGCUCAACUUCUGCCGCCCUAUCUAUGUGUGAUCAUUUAUCAUUUUUGUUUUCCUCUCCCCCUCUAGUUCUGCUCCGAGAAACGAUGGGAGUGGGACGGAGACGCAGACUCGCUCGGACUCUUGUUUUCUCGGGACCGCCUGGACGAAAGGCUCUCUCUCUCUCUCUCUCUCUCUCCCCCGGUUCGCCCUCCGUUGUUGUGGUUUUUCCAAUUAACACUGACACGACAAACUGACUCUUUUUUAUUGAUGAGAUAACUGGAAAGUCAAUCAACAGCACGACGUCUUCUUCUUCUUCUUCUUCUCUCUCCCUCUCCAUCUUCCCUCAUUUUUCUCCAUUUUCCAACUUCCUCUCUCUUUCCUCAAAAUGAUAUGAAUUGUGUGCAAAUGGAAAGUAUUCGUAUUCCUUGUCCGCCCACACAUGCCGUCUCUCUUUCUGUCUCUUCUUGUUUUGGCACGUCGCCCGUGAAUCAAAAUCAGAUUUCCCCCUAGCCCCUCAUUUUCAGAGAAUACGAGUGUUCUAGAGUCGCGUGCUCGUCGUGCUCCUAUCGACUUUUCUCUCGACGUCGUCGACUACGACGCCUCGCGGUGAUCACGACGACGACGGCCGUCAGCACGACGAUUGCGGACUCUUCGGGGCCGCGGUGGUCGACGGACUCGAUGCGGUGCAGUGAUCUCAAGGUGAGCAACAUCGAUAGACACUCCGCGAACUGGCGUUCUUUCCCAGCGUGCCGUUGAAGACGUGGUGCUUCGGCCAGACGAGAAUCGUCUGACAGACAUGCAGCACAGAGACACGAUAGCGGCCCUCGAUCUGUGCCAGCUGGAACCAUCCCCAUCUGCGCCUCGUCCUGAUGAAAUCACAGUCUCUGCUAUGAAUGCGUGUUCCUGCUCCAGUGAAAUCGUCGGAGUGCAGACUUCCUCGACCGUCAUGGCCGACUCGUCCCGCCCGGCGCCUCCGCUCUGUGCUAGUUCCUCCCUCGACGCCAUCAUGUUCCGGCAGCAGCCGAUCCCUUCGCAUCGUCAUUCCGCGAGCGGAUCGAGGCGUCAGUCCAGAGUCUAUGCCAAUUUGCAUUCGAAACGGAAACGGAGCAAUUCACUAACCAAUUACAAUAAAGGGUAAUGAGAUCUUGAAUGUAGAACAUUCUAAUUUCAAUUUCAUUUGUUUCAGCCAAUCCUUAUCAGUCUCUCUUCCUCCGUCCGCUCGCCACACUCCUCACCGUUUUGUAAACGAAGAGGAAGCCUUGAGAAGUAAGAGUUCUUGUCGUAAAUCAGUCACGUGCGCACUUCCAGGCUCUCUAGCUUCGUCUGAUUCUCAUUCUUCGGUGGCUCGCAGUGACGAGUACAACAAUGGCUACGUGCUCGAGGAGGAGGAGACGUCAGUCGGUGAGUGGGGGCACUGGUACGAACUGGAAAUUAGGUUGCAUAUCCUACGCGACAAUAAUAUUUACUACUUUAUUUGCGGGGAGAAGAAACGAACCGACCGGAGAUGAGAAUGUGUCAACUUUGGGGUCUUUCAGGCGUCCCUCACGAGAAUCCGUCGCUGCUGCACUCCAAUCAUUCCACGUGUUCGUCGUCAUCUUCAUCCAAUCCAUUCACUUCGUUCCGUCAACCUCGAAACGAUUACGACGAAGAUAUGAUGGAUUGUGACUGA